AUGGAUAUCAUCUUAGUCUUCAGUUUAAUCAUUGCAUCCUAUGACUCCAACAAGAAUGACCCCAGAGAGAGCAGCUGCCAAGUGGAACAGCUGCCCAGCCUCUUCCCAAAGGAUGUGAGAAGUCAUAAGGAUUUGGUGAUAAGAGUUCUCCCAGAAAUUCACACAGACAUCAAAGGGGCCCCGUCCAUCCAACAUCAGACUAUAGCUACCCUGCAGUGCCUCUGCUCUAGGAGGAGACUGAGAGUCUACCUUGUACAUUCAGAGAGAAGGCCAAAGGUUGAGUAUAUACUGAAGAACCUGAGAGUCUAUGCUGAUCUCCAUAGAAACAGUAUGGCCUCCCCACGCUGUCACCUCAUGCCCACUUCCCAGUUUCAGAAUGGAUCCCUUCUAACAGUUUUCUUACCGGGGAUCUCUCAAUGCAAGCUCUACCCAGUGAAGGACAGAUCUGCUUCAUCAGAGAUGGUGCCCAUCACUACCACCUCCAUAACUCUUAGAAGUAAACGAGAGGAAACUACAAGCACUGGGGACUUUUCCAACCCUUUGUCACAAGACACAGAUGCAUCCUUAAAGAAGAGGCAGAAAUGGAGCACUGUCAUCAAAGUUCUGACUGCUGCUACUCUGCUGCUCAGCGGAGUCAUCAUUAUAGUAUUUGUCAUCUUUGAAGUCCCAUGUCCAAGUCCAUGUCUCAGAAGGUUGUGCCCAUGCCAAUGGUUAUGGAGAAGGGAAAGGAAAGAAGACCAGCAACCUGGGACAACUGAGUCCCAGCUGGGCUCUCAGCCUGAGAAGGUUGGAAAAGAUGUUCCUAACUCUUCAGACUCAUAGAAAACCACAGGGGUCACUAUAAUCCAGCAGGCAUACUUCUGAGUUCUGCUUUGCCUCACUCUGAAUGCUAGUGCUGUCUUCUACACCGCCGUCUCCUUAUUGCAAACCAUUACAGGAUGACUCUUGAAGCCCUUACACGCAAAUCUUCACAGGGACAUUAUAAUCAAACGAUAUGACAGGACAGUGAAGGAAGACCCUGGGCCGCCCUCAUGCCACUGCAACUGAGGCAGGCAUAAGCCUCUGUGAUUCACUUUGUACAUCCAUAAAAAUGGGGUCAUCUUUCCACCCCAGCAAAAGAAGACAGAGUCCCUGCCUCCAAGUGUUACGGGUGGACCUCACUGCCUUCUCUGAUGAAAGACAAAGCACAGCCUCCAAGAAGUAGAGCCAACAGUGUGGCACAAAUCCCACCUACUCGGUUGUCCUCCCAGCUUUCUUCAUGAUCACUGGCUGUCAACAGCUUACACCGGGGCUUCUGCUUUCCCAGGCUUACAAUGUAAUGAUUUAGCCUGUCACUACACAUAGUUAUCAACGAACUGGUAAAGGGAACCCAGCCUUAAGCAUCCCAACAGCCCUUCUAAUAAGUCAUUCCUGAAGAGUUUCAGGACAGCAGGAAAAAAGCAUUCAAAUAAAAUUGGAUCUCUGUGAGUUCGAGGCCAGCCUGGUCUACAGAGUGAGUUCCAGGACAGCCUCUAAAGCCACAGAGAAACCUUGUCUCACAAAACCAAAAAAAAAUAAAAUUGGAAAAUUUAGAUUUCCUAAAGGAUAUCUGAUGUAAUGCUUUUUUUUUUCUUUUCUGGUACUGUGAUUUAGACCAAGGUUCUCACACUGCAAGUGUUACGCCACUGAGGUAUAUAUUAAGCCUUUUUGUAAAAGUAACUUUUGAGGUAGGUUCUCACCAGGUUACCCAGAGCCUGGAACUCUGUGUGGGCCUUGAACUUUCAAGAACUUUGCUUCAGCCUCCAAGAGGAGCUGGCAAUACAACUGUGCACCACCAGGCCUGGAUAUGCCUUAUUUAAUUUUUCAUUUUUUGAGACAGGUUUUUAUGUAGGUAGCCCAGGCUGACCUCAAGCUGAGGAUCACCUUGAAUUCCCAACCUUCCUGUCUCUACCUCCUGGGUAGGCAGUAUUUUACCAAUGAGCUGAAUGUGCUUUUGAUAAGGACUCCAGAACAAGUGAUUCUGACAAUGAUCCCACUCACAGGAGCACAGCAAUUAAGUAGAGUCUGACCUGCUUAAAUAGAUCUCAGUGAGAAAGCAGAACUAGGGACUGAGCAGCUGACAUAGUGAAUGAAACCCUGCUUCUUUCCCAAGAGUGUGAAACCAUUCCAACUGCAAAAUGUUCCAACUUCCUUCAUGUACAUAUUAUUCCAUAUAUAAAUAUAUAUUUCAUGUAUCCCAGGCUAGCAUUGAACUCCAUACACAUUCCAGGAUGGCUUUCAGCUCAUGAUCCUCCUGUCUCCCACUUCCCAUGCACUGGAAUUACAGGCAUGUGUCACCAGGCCUGGCACAUAAUUCUGUUUUCUUAGUUCUCUGAGGAAACUGUACACAAAGUCUAAUCUUCCUCCUUUCACAUCAAGUACUGUUCCAAACAGGAAUCUUGAAAGUUCGUUAACUAAGCAGGGGGACAAGCUGAUCCAGGAGGAAAGGACAAACAAAUGGGGACUCAGAGUCUCCUGGAAGAGCUGAAGAACCUCCCAAAUCCCACAGAACUCAGUUUCAGCACACAGCAGAAAUGGAACAAAGGACUAUGCAAGGUGUUGGAGUGAGGGUGGAUCAAUUGUACACCACUGAUGACUCAAAACACUUCCUCAAGUUUAUCCAGACACCUGCUACUUUGCUUGACCAUAUACUUGAGCAAAAAAGUAACUGUUCUUCCCCAGGUCUAGUAGGGGAAGUUAUUAAAAAGCUUCUAUUUGAUUCUAGGAUUAAUGACAACAUCCAUCCCUGUCCUCAUCCACAACAGAAUGUCCUAUAACCCAGAAACAUGAGAUUUCUGAGAAGAUGAAAACCAUGGCUGAGCCUGUGCUCUUCUGCAAGAGUGAAAUUAGGGAACAACUGUGCUGAUUUUCUUCAUGGAAACUUACAUGAUCAAAAUUAUGCAUUUUGUCUAGAGACUGUUGUUUUCCCUGGCAAAAGCAAGAAUUUUCUGAGCAUCAGUCAACACUUUCCAAUCCCUUCCCCAGUGGAGGGAGGAUUUUGGAAACUAGGAGAUGAGAGGAGGAGGAGGAGAGGGCCUUCCUGCCUGAACUUUGGAAUGUGGACUUCAGUCUGCAGAUUGCUCCAGAGUCAGACACAAAUGCUCAGGUCAUCACUCUGGAUGACACUCUAUAAAACACUUCAGUGCAACUGCCAAAGAGUCUUGUGCCAAUUGCCAAGAAUCUGCUGCAAAUUCUCUCUCAUUAAAAUAUCAUAUUUCCUGA